AUGCCACCAAAAAAGCAAACCGGCAAGAAGCCAUCACCUCCGCCUGUGAUAGACGGCCUCAACAAGGAUGAGACGUCCAAAGAACAGUUGGAGGAGCAGGUGCGGCGUCUGCGGCAGGAACUGCAGCGACAGAAGAACGAGCUGAACUACUUCAGCUGCGAGCGGGAGAUGGUCCGCUCGGUCUGGGACGUCACCGAGAGACAACAGCAAGAGGCCCAGGCACUGCUGAGAAACCUGGACCAGGACAUGGAGGAGGCCACCAUGAGACAUCAGGCACAUAUGAAGAUCUUCAGGCAGAAAAUGCGGUACCUUCUGUUGGAGCAUCACAAUGCAGUGUGUGAGCUGGACGCGGUGGACUGGGAGGAGGAGCUGCAGAAUGAACAGGCAGCGCUGCAGAACCAGAUCAGGGACGGGAUGGCCUCGCUGCUCACAGACGCCCUCCAGGUGGACUGCAAAGCCCCCUUGAGGCUCAGACAGAAACAUGAAUCAGAAGUGGCCACGCUGAGAGACGUUCUGGAGAAGAAUCUCAGAGAUGCCGAUGAUGAGGAGGAGCGUGCGAAGGAGGAGCUGCGGCGGGACCUGGAGCUGAAGACCAGGAGUGAAGUGAGUCUGGUCCUGAACCACUGGAACACGGAGCUUACGGCUCUGAGUGAGAUGGUCCGAGCGGCCGUGAGAGAGGCCCGAGCGCUGAGGCAGCCCACGGAGCACCAGCGGGAAAUCCUCCGGGAACACCAGAAAUUCAUUAAGGCAAAAUCCUCGGGACUGAAGAGCGUCCGAAGGGAACUGACGCUGGUUCUGCAGGAGAAGAAACAGAGGACGGAGGAACUGACCACGGCCCAGGAGACGAUUGCCACUCUCCACAGUAAAAUCAAGUCCAGGAACAAGAACAUCCCCCACAAGAAGAAGGCGGAGCUAAACCAGCUGAUCGUCCAGCACCAGAGGCUGCUGCAGAGGCAGAAGGAGGUGAGAGGACAGACACAGAUACUACACAUGGAUACUCACGGCUGCUGCAGAGGCAGGAGGAGGUGA